CCACUCGACCCAGUUAAAAGAAUUAUAGAUGGCUUCAAGCACUUCAAGACCAGCUACUUCGACACAAAUCCAGCUUUGUUUGAUGAGCUUGCCCAAGGACAAAGCCCCGAGUUUAUGGUAUUUGCAUGCUCGGAUUCUCGAGUGUGUCCUUCACAUGUUCUUCACUUCCAACCUGGGGAGGCCUUCAUCGUUCGCAACAUUGCUAACAUGGUUCCUGCUUUUGAUCAGCUAAAACAUGCAGGAGUUGGAGCAACCAUAGAAUAUGCUGUCAAAGAACUCGGGGUGGCAAAUAUUUUGGUAAUGGGACACAGUAAUUGUGGUGGAAUAAAGAGGCUAAUGUCUUAUCCGGAGGAUGGCUCUGAGCCCUUCGACUUUAUAGAUGAAUGGGUGAAAAUGAGUUUACCAGCCAAGGCUGAGGUUAUUGCAGAAGCUGGGAGUGCAGAUUUCCAUGAACAAUGUGAAAGAUGUGCAAGGGAAUCAGUAAACUUGUCACUGGCAAACCUACUUACCUACCCCUUUGUUCAAAAGGCACACUUGGAUGAAAAACUAGCACUUCGGGGUGGAUACUAUGACUUUGUCAAUGGAAUUUUCGAGCUAUGGGAGCUCAAAUCCCACAUUUCAAACCUCAUCAUCGUACAAUCUUGA